AUGGCCGAGGGUCUCGCAGUCCUCGGCGGCCUCGCCGCAUCGAUGCAGCUGGCCGAGACUGCUGCCAAAGGUCUCCUUGGCGCCGUCAAACUCGUCAAGCAACUCAAAGAGAUACCAAAGAAAACUGCAAUACAGCUUGAGGAUGUCGAGAGGUCUCUCUGCCUUCCCGAGCCAGAGUACGAGCCCAGUCUGUCCCGUUCUGCAGAGAGACUUGUCGACGCUUUGAACGAGACCGAUGGCGUCCUUCGACCGCUCAUGCGAGACUACAUCAAGGCGGGAGGCAAUCGCGUCAAAACUCUAUGGCGCGAAGUCGUCAUGUUUAUCCGAGAAGCCGAUGUCGCAGAGAAAUUGGAUCGAGUGAGGUUUGUGAAUGACGAGUUCCUCCCGCGCGGAUUUCAGAGAGUAGAAAAGGGCCAACACGACAUUGCGAUUCAGGGUGAUAGGAUGUCUGCAAUGGUUGAUCACAACCUGUCAAAUCUUAGAGACGACAUUCGCAUUAGCCACGGCACACUGCAAGACAUGAUCCGCCAACAAGACCAGCGUAUGACCGAGGAACGAAGAAUCUUCCGCAACGAGCUGCUAGAUAUCUUGAAAAGCCCUGAACCCUUCGACCAGUGUUCCUCGGUACUUCAGCAGGGUAUUACGGCGAAAGAGCGAGAAGAACUCGAGUUUGACACACGAGUCGCUCUGCUUCGAAACCCCAACGACUUGCAGGAUGCUUUUGCGUUAGAUUAUGAUGACCUGGCCAUGGCCAUCAUACGCCGAUCGUAUGAAGACGUCUGCUCAUUGGAGAUGAUCCUGAGUUCACCAGACUUAAGCAGCAGAGUCAUGUUGAUCACGAUGCGUAUCGAAUUUAUACUGAGCUGGAGAAGAGAACAGCUGUUCCGCCCGCCCUAG